ACUUGGAAUAGCCAAAGGCAGCCAUCUUUCUGUUUUCCGGUAGAGUAAUAACAAUCAUAAAACUAUCUUUAUUUUUCAAGGUUCAUUAAGCUGCUGAGGAUGCUGGAAAGAAAAAUAUUGACACACAGAAGAAUAGAAAAACCAUGGAUGAAUAUUUCGUUAGAAUUAUUGUUUGCUGGCAAAAUUUUUCAUUGAUAAGUCGUAGCCUGGGUGUUAGCCGGCUGGUGCGCUCCUCGACUCCAGUCGCUUGACAGAUGACACAGGCUGGGACAUUCGCUCGGAUUUACUCAUAAAACACCUGUACAGUCUAAACGGAUGCGUGUAUCAUGGAUCUAGGAAUAGACUUUCAGGAUUAUAGGGACCUACAGCUUCCCUUAUGUAUUUUACAACUGGACCCUGCAGACAGAGCAGUUUUGAGAAUUGCAGACGAGAGAGAUGCGGUACAGAAAAAGACUUUCACCAAAUGGGUGAAUAAACAUUUACUUAAGGCUUCUCGUAGGAUUUCUGAGUUGUUUGACGAUCUCAAAGAUGGCCACAAUUUGAUUUCUCUCUUAGAAGUUCUCUCUCAUGAAACGCUGCCGAGAGAAAGAGGACACAUGCGUUUUCACAAAAUGCAAAAUGUUCAGAUAUCACUGGAUUUUUUACGGUACAAAGGGAUCAAACUUGUAAAUAUUCGAGCUGAUGAAAUAGUUGAUGGAAACCCUAAAUUAACUCUAGGACUAAUAUGGACUAUUAUUCUACAUUUCCAAAUAUCUGAUGUCGUUGUGCCUGGCCAGCCCGAAAACCUUACUGCUAAAGAAGCUCUUCUCCUAUGGAGUCGCCGAACAACAGAGGGCUAUCCUGGUAUUAAAGUUACAGACUUCUCUACAAGCUGGCGGGAUGGCAAAGCCUUCCUUUCCAUAAUCCACAGACACAGACCUGACUUAGUCGAUUAUAGGCAGGUGCGAAGAAAUACUCCACGACAGAAUCUAAAUUUGGCUUUUAACAUUGCUGAAUCUGAAUUUGGCGUUACCAAAUUGCUGGAUGCAGAAGAUGUCGAUGUUCAGGAGCCAGAUGAGAAGUCUGUUAUAACAUACGUGUCGUCAUUAUAUGAUGUCUUUCCAGAUGUUCCGAGUGUUGAACAAUCUCUAAGAGAUAAUGAGCGACAAAUAAAAGUUGAGGAAUACCGUGAGCUCACAACCUCUUUACUUGCCUGGACCAAAGAGAAAACUGCAAUGCUGCUGAAUCGGAACUUUCCCAGCACUUUGAUCGAGAUGAGGUCACUUCUGGCAGAUUUUAGUAGAUUCAGAUUGGAAGAAGUUCCUCCUCGAAUUGAACUGAAACAAAAACUCUUUCGAUUAUUUGAUGAAAUUCAAGCUCUUAGCAAUGACACGUUACCCCUUGGAUUAGAAGAUGAAUUGUACCCCAAAAAUGUAGAAAGACUAUUCAGCCGCUUUUUAUUGGCACAACAAGAAAAAGAUAUGGCCAUCCAAUCAGAACUUGUUAGGUUAGAAAGACUACAACGUCUGGCCGAAAAAAUCCACAGAGAAGCCAAAAUAAGUGAAGAUAGUCUAAGUGACAUAGAAUGGCGGAUAUUGGGGGAGGAGAGAAGAAUUGAUAAGCUUCAUCCUGUUGAAGCAAAGCGUUGCUGUGAUAGCUUAGACAGAUCUCUGCAAAACAUUGAAGAAUCCACAAGAAGUUUGUUUCGGGAUAUACAAACAUUAAAAGAUGGAUCUUACCCUCAAACGGAUUCAUUUUACAAACGAGUUUCCACAUUGCAAGCCCGGGUUUCUACAUUAAGGACCAAAUUGUACAAAGAUGUGAUUCAAAAACUGUUGUCUCGAUCUUAUGUUGAGGAAGGCAUUACUGUCACAAAACGCAAGGAAAUUCUCACGGAAGUGCAAUUAGUAGAAACAAAUGAAUCCUUCAAACAUUUACAGAACUGCCUCAAUUGGAUCGAAGCCAAACAGCGAUCCAUUGAAGCUGCCGGUUAUGGAACCGAUGUAACAUCUGUCCAUAAAGCAUUAGAACAACAUCAAUAUGACCAUAAAAAUAUUUUGGAAUUUCGCUCAGAAGUUGAGAAAUGUAAACUAAAUAAAAGAGGACUCUCAUCUGAUGAACAAUUGCUUUAUAACGAAUGGCUGUCCAAGGUGGAGAUUGCCUAUUCAUUACUCACUAAUACUUCAAGUAGACGCAUGAAUUGCUUGGAAACUUUAUAUGAAUUCUUACAAGCGGCUUCUGCUGAAAUGUUCUGGCUCCGUAGCAAGGAAAACGAAACGAUCAGCCGGGACUGGAGUAAACCGGAACACAAUAUUCCAGAUAAAGACGACAUUUUUCAGGAUUUCUGGCCAAAAAGGAAGCAGGGUCUCCUUAGUGAUAUGGGAUCACGAGAAGCCCAAUUCAAUGUUGUACAAGACAAAGGAGAAUCUCUUGUGCGGAAUCGGCACCCAGCUGCAAAAACCAUUGAGUCCUCCAUGACCUCAUUACACACAUACUGGAGUUGGUUGAUCCAACUAACAUCUUGCCAGCAAGCUUUGAUUGACAGCACAGACCAAUAUCAAAAGUUUUAUAAUGAAGCUGAAGAUUGUAGAAACUGGAUAUCUCAGCAGACAUCUUUACUGAACAGUCGUUUUCCUCAAGACAAUCUUGGUGUGGAACCAACAGAACAAUUCCUUAAAGAUCUCCAGGAAAUGCACAAAAUGCUUGACAGCUGUGAACAAAAAGUUGAUUCCCUCCUUGAAGACAGUCAUCAUAUCAUCCCACUCAAAUCUCGAUGCCUAAAAAAUCUGCAUUCCAAAAAAGUGCGAGCACUCUGCAGCAUUCAGCAACCAACGCAUACAACUCAGAAAGGAGAUGUCUGUGUCAUACUUGACAGCAGUGAUGUGACGAGGUGGAAGGUUCAGACAACCAAAGGAGUUGUUACUCUCCUCCCCUCCAUAUGUUUUAUGCUGCCACCACCUGAUGAAGAGGCCAUUCUUUAUGCAAGGAGAUUAAAAGAUGAUCUGCUUAAUCUUCGCCAACUUUGGAAAGCAUCAAACAUCAAAUUCAGGAAAAAUAUGGUACUGGCAACUAUGCAAGCAGUUCAGAAAUGGAACCAGAAAACCUUCUCUGGUCUUGAACCGAGUCAAAGAGAAGCCAUUUGGAAAGCUCUCAAUGAUGACAUGAAUAUCUUAUUGACGGAAUCUUCACCCGGACGCCAAGAUAUUUCUGCACUGCAACAAGAAAUGGCUCGAUGCCAAGAGCAUUACCAAAAAUUGUCCACACAAUCUACCAAAGCAGAAUCAAAAGAAAUGAAAACACCAAAACAAGUUUUAGUUCAACAACUGGAUAACUUCAGUCGAAACCUUGUCAACUGGGAACAGUGUGUGAAGGGUCAGCUUGAUGAAGCCGUUCCUAAAGAUGUGUCCUCACUACAAAUGGUCUUGCAGAAACAUCAGGAACUUGACAGUACUUUCAAGAAAUAUGAAAAAGAAUUGGAAGACAUUAAGAAAUCUGCCAAAUCCCAGCACUGGGCAGCGCCAGUUGGCACAAAACUCAACUUAAUCGUCCAGAAAUGGAAUUCUUUAAUAUCACUUUCACAGAUUUAUAUGGAGAGAAUGAAAACAGUUGAAGUCUUUGUGUCCCGAACUGAUGAAAUAAAAGAGUUCAUCAAAGAAAUUGAAGACCAUUUGGCUUCCUCUGGCAAUAUGUCUUCAGAUCUUGACGCCUUAUAUGCCCUCCGCGAAGAACUUCAGGAAAUCCAAUCAAGAGUUCAACAGAAACAACCUCUAAUUGAUAAUUUAAAGAAAGAUAUCCAGGAUGUGAGAAAAUCUUUAUCUCAGCAGCAUGGUCCAGGCAGUUCACAACAAGCUGACAUUGAAGACCAAGAGAAGGAAAUGAAAGUGCUGCAGACGCAGUGGGAUGCAAUGUGCAUACAAAUUAUUGAAAGACUUCGCAGCGUUGACUCGGCACUGCAACUGUUGUCUUUGUACCACAAUGGUGUGAAAGCGGAAAAACAAUGGGUACAACAAAUGGUUGCCAAAACUAAUGCCCAACCACCACUAACAUCUAAUAUUGAAGAAGUGAAGAAUUUGCUGGAUCCAACAAUGGCAAUCUACAAUGCUCUGGGAGAGCGGCGCCAUCAGAUAGAAGCAAUGAAUCGUUACGGUGGACAAUAUAUCCGAGAAGCUAAGAUUUAUGACAAGAAAAUGAAGCAAUACGCAGACAGCCUGCUUUCCUCACAGACCAAUGUCCAACAAAGCACUGACCAGCCAAACGGGGCUGAAACCAUCCGAGAAGAACUGGACUUACUGAAUACUACCUACAUGAGUAUGGUUCAAUGGACUAAUAACAGGCUGAAGGACAUCACUUCGAUCUUGUCCGAAGCUAAUGUUGACAUGAAAUUUCAAAUGGUGAUUGAUGAGAAUAUACCACUGCUUCGAACAUUCCGUGCUGAACUAGCUAAACGUUCUUCGAUGCUUGUUGAUGAAGACAUGCAAGGAUUCUUUCAGCAACUUGAUAAAUUCGAUAGUCUUGGCAGUAUUCCUGCUAGCUACAUGAGCUCUUCCUCCUCCUCUUCAACUGCCAUAGCAGCCAAUCAUCCCUCAGCAACAUACACAAGUAGCACGUUUGUCUCGACAACUAAAACCUCCAUAAAACAAAUGCACAGACCCAGUCGAGACGCUAAAGAUACUCAUUUAUCAAAUAUUUCUGAAAUGCCAGAAACUUCACCAUUGAAUGGUGAUGUACAUGUUGAAGAUGAUGCAAUGCAAAUUUCUCAGAUUCCUGUGAAAAAUGUCCAAAAUGUUAUAAGCGUUGCCAAAACAAAACUUGAGACAACACACGGUAGUAUUUUGGAGAGUUUAGUUGUAAACCCACAGAGCCAGAUGAAAGUCAGUUUAUAUGAAGCAUUCCAACAAGGUAUAAUUGACACGAGGUCUGCUACGUAUGUGGAUCCUCUUACAAAAGCCAAAAUAAGUUUGUCAGAAGCAGUCUAUAAAGGUUACUUAGAUUCAACUUUAUUCCAGCAACUGCACCAACCCUGUGGCCUUGUUGACCCUAAUUCAAACCAAGAGUAUACACUAAUAGAUGCUGUCCAGUAGCUUUUGGAUCCACUAAAGGGCCAAGUGUCAAACCCUUUGACUGGAGAAAUGAUUCCUGUAAAAGAUGCAUAUGGACAAGGUUUAAUUUCUCAAAAGCUACCAAGUUUGCUUGGUAUUAGCCCCGACAUCACUGUCAGUGAAAUUACUCAAUCACAAGCUCAUUUUGGUCUGCAAAAUUUCCCAGGAGCAGACAAAGCUCUCGGUUUGGCAGAAAUUCUUCAGAAGGGUAUGUUUGAUGAACUGAAGAGCAAAGUUUGUGAUCCAAUUUCUGGUCAAGAAAUGACAAUACUUGAGGCAGUUGAGAAAGGUUAUAUAAAUCCUUCACUGAAGGAAAUCCGUGCAACCAGGGCAACUCCUCUGAUUUCUUUGACUGAAGCUGUGUCAAAGGGAAUCAUUCACCCACAAUCCGGACAGUUCCUGGAAACCAGCUCUGGGAAAUGGAUGAGCUUAUCUGAAGCACAACGUAAACAAUUACUUGUUCAACCUAUGUCUUUAUCAGAUGUCGUUCAAAAAGGAAACCUCAAUGAAGAUGGUUUGAUCUUCGAGGCUGUAAGUAACCAAGCUAUUUCCUUUGCUAAUGCUGUCAACCAGGGAAUUAUCAAUACUGAUUCUAAAAGUUUGAUAAUUACAAAGACUAAUGACAUAUUUUCCCUCAAAGAUGCUCUUCAGAAAGGAAUCUUAAAUGACAAAGGGCAAGUUUUAAUACCAGAUGCUGAACACCCUCUUUCAAUACAAGAUGCUUUAAAGGAAGGUCAUAUUAAAAUUGCCAAUGAGUGUGUGUCAUUCCCACCUAAAACUAUUCUGGACAGUAACACUGGAUCUUUGCUGUCUGUUUAUGAAGCUCUGAUGAACGGAGUUUUGACAACACAAGGUGAGUUUGUUGACUCACAAACUGGAAGAAAGCUUUCAAUAAUGAAUGCUGCCAAACAUGGUUUCCUUGAUGAAGAAAUAGCCUCAAAUUUGACCAAGAAAUUACUUGAAGAUCCAUCUGGCAGAAAACUAUCAGUGAUUGAAGCCAUUAACAUUGGUAUGAUUGAUAUUCAGUCUGGAAAUAUUCAAGACAAAUCUGGUAAUAUGGUUCCCUUACAGAAUGCAGUUUCUGAAAAUAUUCUCUCACCAGAAAAGGCUCAGAUGAUUUUAGAAUUGAUAAGUCCGUUAAUUAUUUCUACAACUGUUACAACUUGUGUGUCAUCUGAUCAAGUAAAACCACCUGUCACUGCUAUCACAAUCUCUGAAGCAAUUUCCAGAGGUCUUCUUGCAGAGCAAGCUGGCACAUUUAAAGACCCUAAUACAGGUGAAAUUAUGACUAUUGAGGAUGCCAUCUACCGAAAAUUACUUCGUUUGUCAUCAGAGUGGCCUUCCAGUAAUGUCCCCGGACAGUUUAUCAAAAACAGCUUUGAUGAAUUGGAUGAAACAGCGGAGAGAACACCUAAGAAACAGAAAACUGUGAUUUCUAGUGCAGCAGAAAGUACGAUACAAACCCCACAAGAAUCUCUGAAAUCUAAUGAUUCUAUUGUGGAAUCUGCUUUUAUUAGUAAAUCAGCCCAGAACUAUACCUUCACUCAAAUAGCUUUGACUAAACCUGUCAAAGCUGUCAUCUCUGAAGUUCGUAACAUGUCAAUCAAAUCUGUUGUGGACCCUAAAUCUAAAAAAGUUAUUGACGUAGAUGAAGCCAUCGAUAAAGGUCUCAUUGAUUUAGGUUCUGGUUUAUUUUCUGAUCCCACAACAGGUGAUAACAUUCCUAUAAAUGAAGCAAUCAAAAAAGGUUAUAUAGUUGCAGAAUAUACAGUGGAGCCACCUACAGUGGCUGAAGAACCCAUUAAAGAAACUGUCGCUUUUUCAAUAACUGGUGUCCUGCACCCUGUCACCAAAGGGAAAUUAUCUGUUAGCCAAGCAAUACAAUUAGGAAUCCUUGAUCAAGACAGAGGACAAUAUGUAGGAAUUAAAGAUAAUAAAGAAUGUCGAAUCCCCAUUAGUCAAGCAAUUGAAGCAGGUCUUGUUAUUGCUGAAGACUUAAGUACUGUGCCAAAGUCCAUUAAACCGGAUUGGAUCCGAGAAACAAAGACAUUCAACUUGAAGAGUGUGGUCCACCCAGUGACGAAUGAAAUUAUGACUGUAGCAGAAGCAAUUCAUGAAGGAAUCAUUGAUGAAUCCCGGGGUCUUUAUGUCAAUCCGCUGACCUUGGAAAAAAUCAUGAUAACUGAGGCAAUUGAAAAGAAACUCAUUGAUGCUGAGUUGUCAUUUGUUACACCAAAUGUUGAACGAGAAGGAAAUCGGAUCAUAACAACAAAACAAACCACCAUGACUGUCUCCGCUGUAGUGGACCCUAGAACGGGUAAGAAAAUAUCAGUAAAUGAAGCUAUCAAAGAUGGUAUAUUAAACUAUUCUAAAGGACUGUACAUAAACCCAUUAACAAAAGAAGAGAUGUCCCUUGAAGAUGCUAUUCUAAAAGGAUUAAUAUUUACUGAAGAAACCAGAGCUGCUCCUGUUAACAAUAGAUCUGAAAUAAGUAGCAUCCAUAUAACGGAAGAUGAAGAAACCUUUGAAAGUACAAUGGUUGAAGAUGUGUCUUUACAAACUGUCACAUUAAGUAUCACGAGUGUUGUUGAUCCACUCACCAUGGAUCUUGUCUCGUACGACAAAGCUGUUGAAAGGGGGGUGCUGAAUCUACACGAAGGCCUCUAUACAAAUCCGACAACUGGAGAGAACAUGUCCAUCACAACAGCCCUAGAAAAGGGUCUUAUUCAUGGAGAAGUCACUUCACAGCAAAGGGAAGAGGAUAUACUGAAAAGUUCCAUCAUGGCUGAGUCACCUGAAUUUCCGUUCAAUAAAGUAACAUCAGUUAUUGAUCCUAGAACUGGAGCAGAGGUGUCUUUAUCGAAAGCUAUAAAAGAAAACAUAAUUGAUGUUGACAAUGGAGUAUUCUUUGAUUCCCGAUCCCAUGAACGGUUGAGUCUUAAUGAUGCACUGAAUCAAGGUUUUAUAAAAUUAUCCAAAACAACUGACAUCUCACAACUAAACGUCAUUGAAGAUGAGAACAAGGUUGAAGAAGAUUUUGGGGAAUCGAACACUGAAAUCCUUUCUCCAAGGUCUCCAACAAAAGUGGAUAUGAAGUUAGAGAAAUCAGAACUAACUACGUCUAGUCCCUUUGAGAAUGAGUCAAUUGCUACAGAAGCUAUUAACAUUGAAGUCGAUAUAACAAAGAAGAGAGAUGACAAAUUUUCAACUCCAUUUUCAGCAGAGAGACAACCUGAAGAACCUACAUCUGGGUUCUCGUAUGCUGAAGGCAUCAAAUUAGGGUUUAUUGAUCCACAAACUGGUUUAGUAAAUCUCCCUUCAUUGGAAAAACCACUCACUCUUUUGGAAGCUAUUGAUCAGAAUGUGAUAGAUCCCAACAAAGUUGCUAUCCUUGAUGUUCAAGGAAAACAGACCCUUACACUGGAAGACUGCUUUAAAAUGAAUAAACUCGAUCCUCAAACAGGUAAAGUAAAUGAUAUUGAAACUCUUGAGUAUUUACAAGGUCUUAGCAGUGCUCAAGAUUUGAAACCAGUGAAUAUAAUUGAUGCUGUUUCUCUUGGAAUGUUUAAUCCUGAGACUAAACUAUUUUCUGAUAAACUAGGUCAUACUUUCACCCUUGAAGAAGCCAUCAGGGAUAAUAUUAUAUCCACUGACUUUACAACAGUAAAAAAUCUUUCAACUUCUGAGAGACUCCCUUUUGACUCAGCCUUAAAACGAGGAUUAGUAGAUAAGCGGACGGCAGAAGUAACAGACACUAAACAUUUAUGUAAACUUCCUCUGACAAAGGCUGUUGAAAAUAAGAUUGUUGAAAGCAUGUAUGAUCCAGAAACUGGGGGAUUCUAUGAUCCCAAAACAAAACAAACCGUUCCAGUUAAAUCAGUGAUCACAGAAGAUCUUGCAAGUGGGUCAAAGUUUGAAGUUUAUGACAGUGAAAGAGGGGAAACUGUGCCCCUAUCUGUUGCGAUUCAAAGAAAUCUUGUCAACAAACAGACAGGGGAGGUGAUUGAUUCAUCAAGCAAUAAAACUCUAAGUGCCAAAGAAGCUGUGAAACUUGGUCUGCUAGCAACUGUUGGUGCACCAAUUAUAGGUACUGCUCUUGCUGGUAAAACUAUUUACAAUGCUGUUAAGAAUAAACUUAAUGAAAAGGCUGCCAAAGAUGCUCAAGACAAGACAUCUACCAGAUUGCAAUCUAAAGGUCAAUUACCAUCAUCAGGUCCUGAUCAACAACCUGACAGAUCAAAGAGAGAGCAGAUACCUUCAUCAACAUCUGAGAUGCAACAGCGAGAUCAGCCAACAACUGAUGUGCCACAGAGAGGCCAGCCACCAUCGACAGGUGAUGUGCCACAGAGAGGCCAGCCACCAUCGACAGGUGAUGUGCCACAGAGAGGCCAGCCACCAUCGACAGGUGAUGUGCCACAGAGAGGCCAGCCACCAUCGACAGGUGAUGUGCCACAGAGAGGCCAGCCACCAUCGACAGGUGAUGUGCCACAGAGAGGCCAGCCACCAUCGACAGGUGAUGUGCCACAGAGAGGCCAGCCACCAUCGACAGGUGAUGUGCCACAGAGAGAUCAAACACUGUCAACAGGUGACGUUCCACAGAAAGGCCACCAACUACCAUCAACCGAUGCGCCUCAGAGAGGUCAGCCACCAUCGACAACUGAUGCAUUACAUAGGGGUCAAGCCCCACCAACAGCUGAUGUCCCACAAAGAGGUCAAAUACCAUCAGCAGCUGAUGUCCCACAGAGAGGUCAGCCACCAUCGACAACUGAUGCACUACAUAGGGGUCAAGCCCCACCAACAGCUGAUGUCCCACAAAGAGGUCAAAUACCAUCAGCAGCUGAUGUCCCACAGAGAGGUCAGCCACCAUCGACAACUGAUGCACUACAUAGGGGUCAAGCACCACCAACAGCUGAUGUCCCACAAAGAGGUCAAAUACCAUCAGCAGCUGAUGUCCCACAGAGAGGUCAGCCACCAUCGACAACUGAUGCACUACAUAGGGGUCAAGCACCACCAACAACUGAUGUCUCACAAAGAGGUGAAAUACCAUCAGCAGCUGAUGUCCCACAGAGAGGUCAGCCACCAUCGACAACUGAUGCACUACAUAGGGGUCAAGCACCACCAACAGCUGAUGUCCCACAAAGAGGUCAAAUACCAUCAGCAGCUGAUGUCCCACAGAGAGGUCAGCCACCAUCGACAACUGAUGCACUACAUAGGGGUCAAGCACCACCAACAGCUGAUGUCCCACAAAGAGGUCAAAUACCAUCAGCAGCUGAUGUCCCACAGAGAGGUCAGCCACCAUCGACAACUGAUGCACUACAUAGGGGUCAAGCACCACCAACAGCUGAUGUCCCACAAAGAGGUCAAAUACCAUCAGCAGCUGAUGUCCCACAGAGAGGUCAGCCACCAUCGACAACUGAUGCAUUACAUAGGGGUCAAGCACCACCAACAGCUGAUGUCCCACAAAGAGGUCAAAUACCAUCAGCAGCUGAUGUCCCACAGAGAGAUCAACCACCAUCAACAGCGGAUGCACUACAUAGGGGUCAAGCCUCACCAACAGCUGAUGUCCCACAAAGAGGUCAAAUUCCGUCAGCAGCUGAUGUCCCACAGAGAGGUCAGCCACCAUCGACAACUGAUUCAUUACAGAGAGGUCAUGCCCCACCAACAGCUGAUGUCUUACAAAGGGAUCAAACACCAUCAGCGGCUGAUGUCUCACAGAGAGGUCAGCCACCAUUGACAACUGAUGCACUACAGAGUGGUCAAGCCCUACCAACAGUUGACAGCCCACAAAGAGGUCAACCACCAUCAACUGAUAUGCCACAGAGAGGACACCCGCUGUCAACAACUGAUGUACUACAGAGAGGUGUUCUACCAGAGAGUGGUCAGUUACCUUCUACACCUGACGUACCUGACAGAGGUCAGACACCUGUUUCUGCAACUGACAUAUUACAGAAAAGUCAACAACCAUCUUCACCAAAAGUACCACAAAGUUUCCAGCCACCCUCCACUACAAAUGAUAAAUACCCUGAUUAUUCUAAAGAAAUAAUAGGAACAGAUAAACCAACUUCUGAAGGGGAUUCUUCUGAUAAACCAACUACAACAAUAAUAUAUGCUAAACCUGAUGACCAGAUAAGACCCACCCACCCUGCCGGACAUGGAGUGAGUGUAAGUCAAUCGGUCUUUACGAGUAGCACAUCAACUGUUAGUAGUGAAACUAUGAGCAUAUCAUCUCCUCUCCCAGCUUCAAGUCAUCAAAUCCAACCUGUUGACAGAGAUUCAUCCCAAGUAAUUUCUUAUCCAAAUGUGGUUCUCAAAGAUGGUUCAAAUGUUAGCAUUGAUUGGGAAAAUGGUUUGGUAUUUGAUUCUUCAAGUGGGAAGCAGAUGACUGUUGCUGAAGCUGUGCAGAAAGGGCUGCUCAAUAGUGAUUUGAUAGAAAAUCUGGCUGAGCAGCGUACUCCCCAGCAAAUUCCAUUUUCCAAGAACAUCAACAUUAAUUGGCAGUCUGGCAGAAUAACCGAUAUCAAAACUAAUCAACCACUAACAAUAACUGAAGCUUUACAUAAAGGACUCCUUGAUAUAGCAACUGCACAGAAAUUAGCUGCAAUUUCUGGGGAGAAAUUGCCCUCUGACAUCAUCGCUAGUGCCUUACAAUCGAAAAAGACCAAACCAUCUGAGCCAGAACUUCAGACAACUAGUUCUAGGGAAUUCCACCAGACAGUUACUGUGAGAGAAAGUUGUACCAUAUCCCAGCCUGGAACAGAUGUGAAGCAAUCGGCUUCCUUCACAACCAUGUUACCAAUGACCUUAAAUGAUGCUGUGCAUGGUGGCCAUUUCAUAAAUGAACUGGGUAAAAUUAUCAACCCAAUGAAUGGUCAACCAAUGUCCAUUCGGGAGGCUGUUGACCAUGGAGUGAUCGACUGUGAUAGAUCUGUUAUAAUUGAUCCCAAAAGUGGUACUGUUUUAUCUGUGAGGUUGGCAAUGCAUGGAAACGUUCUUAAUCCUGACACAGGUGAACUUAUCCAUACUGUGACUGGUGAGCGGAUACCUUUGCAUGAAGCUCUUCUGGAAGGUUUAAUUCCUGAUGAGAUAUUAUCUACAGGAAUGGACAUAAAAGAUUCUGCAGAAUCAAGCAAAGAACUCUCUGAAAAUCUAUUUAAUGAGCGAAAAUAUACUUUAGAUGAGGCCAUAAAUCUUGGUUUGGUUAACGAACAGGAUGGGACUUUUACUCACCCAACAACCAAAGAUACAAUGACACUUUCUACUGCUGUUCAGUAUGGAUUUAUUGGUUCUGAUAAGGACAGUGUGGUGGAACCAAAAGAGCUUCAUAAAUAUGAAAAGGUAACGAAAGACAGUGUUUCUAAUGUCUCAAUGAAAACUUAUCCGAUGACUACUCCAGAAGCAACACUUGUCCAUCAGCCAUUGGCAUUGUCACCUGGGGAACAGAUCAAAGAGCAAGGCCCAGCUGACACCACCCCUGAAUCUGUUGUUGUAAAAAGGCAGAAGGGCACUAGAAACACUGAUGAGUUGGCCAAGAGACUUUCUUUUGCAGAAGCUCUUAACCAAGGUUUUAUUGAUUUAGCUGAAAAUAAAUACACAGAUCCCAAAACCGGAUCUCGGAUGGCAAUUUUAGAUGCUAUCAGAGAACAACUUAUUGACCCAAGCGCUGAUGUUGAAACCUCACCAGAACCUUCCUCCAAAAUGAGCCUAAUUACAGCCAUUGAUGCCGGUCUGUUUGAUCCUAACACUGGGAAGUUCACAGACUCCAUGUCAGGACAGACCCUGACUCUGCCAGAAGCAGUUGAUCGAGGUUUCAUCAACGACCAGACUGCGAUCUACGACUUGAAGGGGGAGAAGAUGUUGACCCUCCAGGAUGGCUGGAAAGAAGGCAAGAUCGAUAAAACGAGUGGGAAAUUCAUUGAUGGAAACAAAGCAUUCGACUUGAAGGAUGCUGCCAAAGUUGGACUCAUUGCUGUGGCUGGUAUUGCUGGAGCUCCAGUUAUUGCUGGGAAAAUGCUUUUUGAUAAAGGAAAGCAAUUAAUAGGAAAAUCUACCAGCAAAACAAGUUCUCCUGCCAUUCCGGUUACAGUGGAAGCAACAAAGGGCAGUAUUGUUGAACCUAAUGUGGUUGAAGUUGUCAAAAUUAAACAAGUGUCACCUGUCUCUGAAGAUGCAAUGACAUUGAUGGAGGCAAUAUCAAGUGGGUUCUUGAAUUCUAACACAGGAAUGUACAAAAUACCUUUCUCAGGAAAUUCCAUCACACUUAAAGAAGCUAUUGACUCUGGUUAUAUUUUCCCGACAUCAGGGUCUAUAAAUAUUGCCGGUCGUACCUACACAUUACAAGAAGCAUUUGACCAAAAUUUAAUCAAUGCUACUGGACAUUUUCUUGAUCCCAGUAACAAAACCAAAAAGACAUUGCAUGAUUUAAUUAAUAGCGGUGAUUUGCAAGAGACACCGGUAGAUAAUCGUGCAUCAAGUAAAAUAACAAUCAAGAUGAUUGAUAAAUUGUCUAUUGAUGAAGUACUUGAUCCUUCAACUGGUGAUUAUAUUGAUCUGAAGACAGCGAUUGACAAGGAUAUUGUUAAUGUUGAAAAUGGAAGUUACCACAAUCCGGUCACUGGACAAACUUUCUCCUUGGUCAAUGCUCUGAGUUCUGGCUUUGUCCAUGGCAACACACUUGACAAUCUUGUAUCAAGAGAGGAGAAAUCCAAAGAGGGCUACACUGCUGCAGUUUCAUUCUCUGAGCAGAAAGAUGUCCAUGUUUCUUCUGUGUUGGACCCAAAUACAGGAGAAAAGAUGCCACUUACUGAAGCAGUGGAAAAGAACAUCUUAAACAUACAAAAAGAAACCUUCACAAACCAGAAGACGGGUGAGCGCAUGAGCAUAAAUGAGGCUCUCAGCAAAGGCUACAUCUCUACAGAAGAAACAGAUGAUCAGCCUCCUAGCUCUCAACCAAGGGACGCUAAGAAAGACGUGACCGUCACAAAAAGACAAUCAAUUACAAUAAGUCAUGUGACUGACCCUGUCACACAAACAGUUCUUCCAAUCAGUGAUGCUGUAGAGAAAGGUUUGGUUGAUGUUUCCGAUGGCGUUCUUUUAAACAAAUCCACUGGCGAACAUAUUGCAUUGGCUGAAGCAUACAAAAAGGGUUUGGUGAAAGGCUCAGCAGAGGGUUCCCCUGCUGAUUUGACAUACCCUGGCUCUGAAAAAACAUUGAAAAUUCAAUCUGUUUAUGACCCUAAACUGAAAGACUUUUUGUCCAUUGAAGAUGCCAGUAAAAAGGACCUUAUAUGUUUGGAAAGUGGUACUUACACUGAUGAAAAUGGAGCGAAGAUUUCUCUGUCUGAAGCAGUAAAGAAGGGCUAUUGUAAAAGUGAACAAGAUACCACUGAUGUUUUGCCUCCUAUUAAAUUUAUUGUUGAUCCUCAAACUGGACGUCAACUAACUGUAACAGAAGCAAUAGGACAAAACAUUGUUGAUAAAAACUUGAGCACUUACAGAGACAAAACCACUGGUGAUAUAUAUCCAGUGUCAGAAGCUAUUAAGAAAGAUUUAGUAAUGACUGUCGAACCAGCAGGAAAUUUUGUGGUUAGACCUGAGAAACAAGAAUCCAUCCAAAUCACAGAUGUUGUGGAUACUCGUUCUGGUAAAACUUUGCCCCUCGAUAAAGCUGUGAAAGCUGGACUGUUUGACCCUCAGAGGGGAGAAAUGAUUGAUCAAAUUACUGGAGAACGUCUGCCAAUCGAGCAGGCUGUAACAAAAGGCUUAGUGAAAGUUACUCCAGUCUCACCGGAUGUUCCAACUGCAAAAUCUUUGAGUUCUUCCACCAUUGUAAAAGACAUUAAAACUGGCAAAAACUUAACUUCAGAAGAAGCCAUAAAUGCUGGUAUUUUAGAUCCAAAGAAUAAUCUGUUCAAGAAUACAGCUACAGGAGAAACCAUGCACUUAUCCGAAGCUAUUGAGAAAAACUUAGUUGCAGAUAUGAAGAAACCUAAGAAAUGCGACAUUCAAAAAGGCACAGCUCGCCAUGUAAAUGUGACGGCUGUUCUCAACACUACUACAGGAGAAGAACUGACACUAGAAGAAGCCAUUUCACAGAAAAUUAUUGACAGAGACGGGAAAACCUAUUUGGACUCAAAUUCUGGAGCUGUUCUCAGUAUUGAGGACGCUAUGAAAGAAGGUUUCGUUUCUGGCUCUGUUCAGUCUGUGGUUACCACGAAGACCACAGUAUCAUCUCAGAAACCUGGAGUAACAUAUAACGUUAUUGGAGCUGUUGAUCCUGACAAGCAAGAAAUGAUAAGUACAGCUGAUGCGUUUGAAAAGGGAAUCUUAGACCCAGCUGGAAAUUAUGUUGACAUUAAAACUAACAACACCUUAUCAAUUACAGAAGCAAUUCAAAAGGGAUUUGUGAAAGCUGAAAUUACUGAAGGUUCUAUUAAAAGAACAAAACCUGGAUUAAAAUUGAAAGAUGCUUUGGUUAAAGGUCUCGUGGAUCGAAAAACUGGUAAAUUCAUUGAUCCAGGUUCCAACAGUUACUAUUCUGUUGAUGAAGCUGUUUUAUUAGGAAUCUUAUUGAAUGACCAAGAUGAACCUUUCCAUUUCCCUGAUAAUUCCCGGUCACCAAAAGCAUGUUCUUUCCAAGAGGCUAUAAAAAUAGGCCAAAUAAACGUAAAAACUGGCUUAUUCACACGACCUGAGAGCAAAACUGAAUGCGAUCUUCAGACUGCUGUUGAUGAAGGCUAUCUCUCUCCGAAACUACCGAGAGCCAAGAAGUCCCCAGUCGAAUCAGUUGUGCUGCUGAAAAGCUCUGAACUUCCAGCCGAUACAAAAACUGGCUCAAGCAUAACUUUUAAACAAGCCCUCAAUGAUGGCCUCUUAGAUGUGAACUGCCAACGAUACCGGGAUUCUGAUAAAGGUUUAGAUAUGACCAUAGAGGAUGCUGUGAAAAGGGGUAUUUUAAGUGAUAUGACUACUGGAGACCCCAUUACUUUUAAUGAUGCCUUUAAAUCUGGACUGAUUGAUUCCUCAUCUGGAACUUUCCGAAACCCUGUCACCAAUGUCACUUUGUCAUUGGACGAAGCUUUCCAAUGUGGAUUUUUGGUACCUACUAGUUCUUCUCCAUCUGCUAGCAAUGGAAAUAUUCCUCCCAAUGAUGAUAAACCUAUUUCUUUGAGCAAAGCUUUGCAAGACGGUUAUUUAGAUGAGACAACAGGAAAUUACACGGAUCCUACAAGCCAUGUAACUCUCUCUCUAGACAAAGCCCUUCAGCUAGGUUAUAUUGCCGCUAAAACAGACAUUCCUCAUGAUGCAAAGCAAAAGGAACCAUUCCGAAAAGGUCAAUACAUGACUGUCACAGAAGGUUCGCCUUUUAGUCCUGAUCAAAGUGCCUAUUAUUCAAAUGGAGAAUUAAUUUCAAAAAGUGCUACCGAAAUCCAAACGGUAGCCACCAGUUCCACCUAUAUGGCAGUUCCUGGUUUCUACAUUGAUUCCAGCGGCAAUGUUGUGAACAGUACCACAGGAGAUUCGAUUCCCCUCAAGGAAGCCGUAGCUGCUGGGCUCGUAACAUCAGAAGCUGUUGAAGGAAGUAGUUUUCUUCAGGUAAUUGGAGGGAAACCACUGCCAACUUUAGAAAUUGAAUCUCCGGAAACGGGUAAGAAUAUGCCUCCCAAUCCAAAAGGUCAAGGUCUUUGUGAGAAAUCUUCAACAGUUGUGACAAAAGAACAAAAUCUGACAGGUUUUCACCAUUCCAUUCCAAAUGGCUUUCAUAGUUCCAAUUCCUCCACCACAGACAGCAGUGAGGAUAUUGAUGAGCAUCCUUACAGCUUUUCCCAAUCAAAUCUGAACGAUCAAUAUAUUACAUCCCGUCCCGUUGUAUCUGGUGAUUGUCCCUAUGUGUCCAAUCUCGACUGCUAUUGCAAGAACUUUAUUAAAGGAUUUUGGGAUCCUCUUAGUUGUAAAUUUGCUCACCCAUCUCAUAUGGAAUUACUCAACCUUCACCAAAGUUUAGAAUCUGGUUUACUCUAUGGACCUAGCGUGACUCUUCGUUUGGACCCCUCAUCUUCGAUUAGUUUAGAGCAAGCUAUUCUAUCAGGACAGGUUCACAUCGAUAAUGGAAACUUAAUCGUUAGUAACAGUAAUUUGCAAUAUUCUCUGGCAUCGGCUUUCAAAGAAAGAAUUAUUUGUUUGGAACACCCUGAAAUAAAGGAAUCAGAGUUUUUCCAAUUUCGUAAUAAAAUUGGUCCUGGUUUAUUUGACCUUAUCAAGACAGGGUCUGCUACAGCAGCAACCAGAAUAUUAGAUGUGAAAAACCAAGAAUUUAUUAAUCUCGCCACUGCUAACGACAGACAUCUGUUUGAUAUUCAGACUGGGCAGAUUCAGAAUUCUUCAUUGAAGAAAUGGCUGGACUGGAAUGAAGCCCUGCAAAAAGGUUUUAUAGUUGACAAGAUUGAAACCUCCAUUGCUGAUCUGGUACACGAAGGGAAUUUUGAUAGUUCCAAUUAUUUGUUUAAGGAAAGCACCACAGGAAAAUGGUAUACUCUGGAUGAGAUGAUAAGUUUUCAAUAUUUGAGCCUAUAUUCUGAAGAAGUUGUAAAUACAAAAUCCAAUCAAAUCGUUUCAAUAAGGGAAGCUUUCUGUGAAAAUAUUCUCCAUUCAAAUACUGUUGGCUGUUUUUAUCUUGAUCUGAAUAAGAACAGGCAACUAACUAUCACUGAAGCUGUAAACAAAGAAUUCUUAAUCUCCCGUAAGCUUAAAAUGUUGCUUCAUGAACAACCCCAACAUCAUGAACAACUCCAACACAAUCCGUCUGAUGUAAUUUUGAAUUCAAAUUUUACAACUGAUAAUAUUCAGCUUAACUCUGAUAAAAUUACUACAUCGCCAUCUCUCCGAAGACGCUCUUCAAUGCCGACUCUUUCUUCCAAAAGAAGAACAUCAGUCUCCACUCUGAGAAGAGAAAGUCUGUCUUUAUGUACCCCUCUCUUGGCAGAAAAUGCUGACAAUUCAGUGACUUUAGAUGAGGCUAUCCUUACUGGCCUCUACAACCCAAUAAAAAAUACUGUGACUUACCCAUCAAAUGAAUCCGUUCCUUUAUCAACUGCUAUAGAUGAUGGAUUUAUAAGAAUGGAAUCUCUCGUUAGAGACCCUGUAAGUUGGGAUGUGAUGAUUCUUAAUGAAGCCAUAUCCAAACGGCUUAUUGAUGUGGAUUCUGGUAAAAUGAUGGAUGCUCAAAGUCAAGCUAUUGCUUUGAACUUUGCCCUUGAGAAAGGGUUGAUUGUGAGAUGCCGUUCACCAUUAAAAUUAUCUCUCACCGAAAUGUUUGAUGAACUUUUCAAUGAAGAUACUAAUCUGUUUCUAAAUCCAAACACUAAUGAAGAAAUUUCAUUUUCUGAUGCAAUCAAUAUUGGAUUGAUUGAUAUUGAUCUGGUACGAGUGCGGAAUGAUGAUGGUGAAGCUUGUAGCUUCAGUUCUGCUCUCGAAAAUAACUUGUUCAAUGCUGAAAGGUCAGAGUUAUCCUAUCGAGGGACUGAAUACUCUUUGAUUGAGGCCAUAGAUAAAGGAUUGAUUCUUGAUAUUUCCUCACAGCCGGGCCUUACACUUCAGGAAGCUUUUGAAGAAGGAAUUUAUGAUCCUCGUAAAAAGAGAUUUGCUGAUCCCUCUUCCUCACUCCCAAGUUCGUUUAUGAAUGCUUUAGAAUUUGGACUUCUAGACAAAAAUUCUAUCACUGUUCGAGAUGUAAAUUCUCAAACUCUUUUAACUGUGAGUGGUGGAAUUCUACAGGGGAUUAUAAGUGCUUCUGAUGGUUCCUACAUUACACCUUCAAAAUGUUACCCUCUAGAAGAAGCAAUACGCAAAGGUUUAAUUCUUCAAGAUAAAGGUACGCCAGAAAUUACUCUUAUAGAAGCUGUUAAACUCGGUAUCUAUAAUCCAGAAUCCUGUAAAUUUAUGAAUCCAAAAUCAGGAAAGAUUGAAAAUUUGCAGGAAGCUGUGAGCAGUGGUUUACUAAUGAUUGAUCAAAUUACAAUUAAACAUGAAGAUCAUUUUCUGACCAUUGAUGAAGCGGUUCAAAAGGGAAUUUUGAAUGUUGAAGAUGUUAAGAUUAAGUCUAAUGGUAAAGAUCUUGACUUGAAAGAAGCUGUUGAUGCUGGCAUCAUCAGACUUGCCACGGACCAAUCUGCAGUUGGUCUUGUCACUGCUAUUCAAUCUGGCUUUUUUGAUCAGGAUUUAAAGAAUGUUAUUGAUCCAAUAUCAGGAAAACAAAUUGAUAUUCAAGAUGCUAUAGAUAUUGGGUUGAUAAAUUCAAAGCUAACAUUAGUGAAAAAAUCCAGCAACGAAUCUUUUUCACCAUUAAAUCAAGCCAUUGAUCAAGGCUGGUUUGACAGUGUAAAAGGAACUCUUUGUAAUUCUGAGGGGUCUUGUGUUGAUCUUUCUACAGCCCUUAGUAAUAAUCUUAUAUCAGAUAUCUCAAAUAACAUUAGUCUGAAUGAGGCUAUUGAGCUGGGAUUUUUCCAGGAGGACACUAAUUCAGUUUACAACAUCCAUACACAAGCUUUCAUUCCAUUGAAGGAAGCAGUGGAGUCUCAUGUCUUAUCUGAUAAGGAUCGUUUUAUGUUCCCUGAUCACCCCAGCCCACUAUCCAUUCUGCAAGCCAUAGAGGCAAAUGUUUUAGACUCUUCUGGUACAUUUAUUUCUCAAAAUAGAAGCUAUACACUAGCUGAAGGGCUAAAAACUCAGAAAGUCUUACCUUGCAAUAAUUUGAAUGGUAAACAAAUGAUAGAUUCACCCCAACUUCAUCAAAAUAGUGAAAUGGGAUUUUUGAAAGAUCCAUUGGUAUGGGAUGUUCAUUUAAAAUGCUACAUUCCUUUUAAAACUGCUGUUAAAAAAAGAAUUUUAAAUCCUGAAAAUUUUACUUUAUCCAUUCCUGGAAACCAGCAUCUUUCUUAUAAAGAAGCUUUAGAAGUUUGUUAUAUCAUUGAUGCUGAGAAACCAAAACUCAGUUUAAAAGCAGCCUAUGAAUAUGGAGUAUUUGAUCCUCAGAGACAGAUGUUUUGGGAUCCUAGAAUAGAUGACCACAAGAAUUUAACUGAUUCUUUAUCAAGUAAUCUAAUUGAUGGACAGACAUCUUUGAUUAAACAUCCUGAAACUGGGUCUGUAUUCACACUGUAUGAAGCUUUAGAAAAGGGGGUGAUUAGCAGUAAGACAAUGUCACUGCUAAAUAAAUCUAAAAAGACAAGAAUUUCUUUGGAAAAAGCUGUUAAAUCCGGGUCUAUAUUUACCAUUCCUGACCAACAAAUUGACUUGGGAAGAGCAGUAAACAUGAAACUUUUUGAUUCCAAUUCUAGUUGCAUGUUGAACACUUCAACAGGAAAAAGGCAGACAUUGAAGGAAGCCAUUGCUUCAGGUUUUAUAAAUAUCAACCAUACAUUCGUUUCAGCUGACACCAAACAGCCUUUGUUAUUGUCCAGCAUUAUUGAGGACAACAUGUUUGAUCUAACAACAGGAUGUCUUAUUCAAUCUGGCAUCAGUUUAACUUUACAAGAUGCUGUGUUGAAAGGAAUUAUAUUUGAUCAGUUAAAGCCUUCAGAAUUAAAUAAUGAAUUGGAAAAGACAAAAAAGGCAUUUCCUGAUGUCAUUUCAAAAGGAAUGGCACUUGACAAUGGGCACGGUGUGAUGCCAAAUAAUUUCCAAAAUGGUCUAGAAACUUCACAAGUUGCACCUCAGAUAUUCUUUCCAGUUUCAAAUGGCGUUUCAUCAAACUUUGUUCACACCAUUCAAGAUACACCUUCUAUUGAACAAAACCCAUCAUUGGACAACAGCUCUCUACAUUCUCCAGAAACUUUGCAAAGUAAACUUUCUAAUGUGCCAACUCCAUUGUUGAAUGAUAAUUUACCAAAAAGUAAAGAAUUGUUGCAAGAUGCAAGUGCUAUGUCAAAGAAUCCAAAAUCUAUGACAUUUGCUGAAUCACAACUUAAGCCAGAAAACAUUUCCAUAGGAAAUGCAGUUAAUAAUGCAGAAGUGGCGCCAUUAAAAAGUAUUUCAAACUCCUCGCAACAGGCCUUGCUGAAUCCUACUUUCACAGUUGAUGUUAAGCAUCCAGAUUUAGAGAACUCUUCAUCGAAUAUACAAGAAUUGUUUCAAAAUCCACAUUCUGAAGGAGUUGCAGUAAAUGAAGCCAAUUCUAUUGCACUUCCUAAGAAUCCUGUUGGCGGUCAAGAAACUUUGCAGGAUGCUUUUUCUAAAGGAACAGUACUUGACCAGUCAUCACAGCAAGCCACAGUUCCCAGAAGAACUGGAUCAAAAGAAGAAGCAUCUCCAAGACUACCUGAUAGUUUACCAAGAAACCCAGAAAAUCAACAGGUUAAACUUUCUGAAGGAAUACAACUUAAUAAGGAUUUACUUGAUACUUACCAAAAAGACCAAGAAAUGACCCAAAUCUCAAAUUCUGUUCCAAAUAUUUCUGAUAAAGCAGACUUGACAGCAUUUCCUAAUAUUGGCCCAAAGAAUCAAAAGCAAACACAAGAUUCGGCUUGUAAAGAAACAGGAGGAAUAACAACACUCGAUAGUUCAUUAGGGAUGCAGGAAGCUUUCCAUCCUGUGGCUUCCAAAAACACUGUAUUUAAUGAGGUACUAGACACAUCACUGUCUGUUAAUACAUUAAAGAAUCAGCCAACACUGCAAGACUCGACCUCCUUAAGAACUGUUUCUGAUAAGGUUGAAUGUAUAGGAAUGUCUGAAAGUUCGAGAGACGAGCAAACUUUACAGAAUGCAACUGCUAUAAAAACUGUAUCCAAGAAGGUAGAAAGUGCAGAUGUGUCUGAUAGCAUAUUAACAGAUCAUGGAACCAUCCAAAACACGACACCAGCAAGGAUUUUGUGUGAUAUAGAAGAAUACACAGAAGGGGCCGAUACUUGCAUUAGAACUCAAGAAUUCCUUACAGUUUUUAAAGAAGUUAUAGUGAAAGACUCUCUCUCUAAAAUGCAACCUCUCAAAUACCUAAAAGAACCAGAAACUUGGCAGGAUGAACUUAAAAGAAAUGUCUUUAAUAAGGGUGAGUCUACAACACCACCUUGUGGUUCUUCAAGGAAUCAAGAAAGUUUGCCAUGUACAACAUCAAUAGGAACUGAUUCUGAUAAAACUGAUUCUGCGUCCUUGUCUGAUAAUUUCUUGAGAGAUCAGAGAACUGAGAAAGAAACCAUUUCUAAUGGAAUUUUAUUGGACAGUAAAAGUUUUGUUGAACCAGAGAAUAAAGUAGUUGUGGCUGAUGAUAUGAAAAUGCUUCCUGAUGAAAGGGCAAAUUCUAAAAGUACCUUAAUUCUGCAGGAAAUGAAGCCUGAAUUGUGCAGUUUGUCUUUAAUUAAAAAUUCUUCAGCAUCUGAUGAAAAGAUCAUGCUGAAUAAAGUACCGAAAUUCAUACCCCAGAAUAUUUCAGUGAGCAGUGAUGUGUCCAAUGUCCUAGCGUCUGCCACAGAGCAACCAUUACAAAGUCCCAUAUUACUCUAUAACCCAGAACUUUCUCAACUGAUGUUGCCAUUAAAUUUGAAGUGUUCUAAACCUGAAGCAACUUUGAAUGAUUAUCUUGACAAAGGUUUGUAUCAACCCGAGACAGGGUUUUUAAUAGACCCCAACACUGGUAACUCUAUGACAAUACUGAAUGCUUUGAAACUAGAACUUUUGAAUCCUUUAGCUGAUGAGAUUUUGUGUCCUCAGACUCGAGAAACUAUGAACAUCCUUGUUGCCAAUUCAAUUGGCCUUUUAUCAUUGGAGAAAGGUAAAUUUAAACACCCUGUGUCUAAUGAAGUUAUGAACCUUUAUGAUGCCAAAAAGAAGGGGUGGAUUUCAAAGGAGGAUAAAGGGUUAAAGGCUCAAAAUGCUGAUCUAAGCCAUUCUACAAAUUCCAGUAUGUCUGCAGGUGAUAAAACUAACAACACUUAUUCUGAUUUGAAUAAUUCUGAGAUAGAAAAUAUGAAACUAGAAGAGGCUUUUGCUUCUGGAAUGCUAAGUCGAUCAAAUUCUCAAGUGAUUGACCCUGAUACUGUGCAAUCAAUUACUCUAAGAAGAGCUGCUAGUUUGGGUCUUAUUGAUAUCAAAACUGGUAUAUUUAAAAACCCACAGACAGGGCAGUGCAUGAGUUUGGCUGAAGCCCUUCACCAAGGUUUCAUCAUUAGUCCAAGUGGACUGACCCUAUACAGUGCUGUUGAUCAGGCUCUUUAUGAUAAAGAGCUUGGGCUUUUCUGUGACCCUUACUCUGGAAAACACAAUGAUCUCGCUACUGUUGUUCAAAAUGGUUUGAUCACAGCCAGUUGUAUGGAAAUUCGAGACCUUAAUCAGGAUUCCAUCAUAAAUCUUCAAGAAGCUAUCAAAAGAGGUAUAAUCGAUCCUCAUAAGGGAACUUAUAUUACUCCAGGGGAUCACAAAAAGCUGGACUUCAUUGAAGCAAUAGCAGCAGGAUUAAUAGUGAGCAACAGCACACGAGAAGGGUUGAAAGAUUCUAAUAAUGCAGACUUCACAGAAACAACCUCAUCAGAAGCGGAGCCGAUUCUUUCAGUUGAUUCAAACCAAACUUCUCAGGGAACACCUGAGAAUGCUGCUAAACCCUAUUUGGAAAACAACCUGCCACAGAAACCCCUUGAAAGGGUUUCUCACUCAGAUAAUAAGGAUAAACAACUUCCUCUGAAUGGUUUACCUUCACAUACAGACAAGAAUAUGGCGGAAUCAUUUGAAACUACAGUACCUUCCAAACAAACUUCAGAUAUUCUGCAUACAGAAGAAUUUGCUGAAAAUCCAGAAUUUAAGAAACCAAUAAAUGAUGCCACAAAAGAAGCAAUACAAUUGUCUCUUCCUGAUGGUCUGCCUGAAAGUGGAUUGUCUGCCUCUCUGUCGCCGGUGUCAUCUAACAGAAUAGAAACUGUUGUUCCAUCUGCUAUUCAGUCCUCUCCAGAUUUCUCAGCAGAUAAAACUAACCAAAUGCCAUUUACUGACAAACCCCACCCUCAGCCAACUGAACCAAUACAAUUAACAGAUUCUAAGCAAACUAGCAGCAAUAAGGAACCUAACCUUCUUGCAAAUAAGACGGAAAACAAUGUAUUCCUGAGAGAGAAAAAAGAUGUCAAACCACGACCAAAUUCUUGGAAUCAGUUUUGGCAACAGUCUAGCUGUAAGGGUCGUCUUCCAGACUCUUACGACAGACUUCUGCAAGAACUAAACUCUGAACUGAAUUGGUUUACUGAUGCUGAACAACUGCUUAAAGAAGACUCUGCAGUUAGUUGCAACAUUAAGGAAUUGACUGGACAGCGAGAUGCACAAAAGACGCAUCAUGCAGAAAUCCUUGACCACCAACAACCAGUACUUUCUCUUGUCUUCCAAGCUGAACAAAUCUUGGAACACUACCAAGAAGAAAUUACUCCAGAGCAAGUUGAUGCACUAAAAACCAUUUCUGUGUCCCUUAAAGACCUAAUGGAAAAGGUGUUGAGAACUUCUGGAAACCGACUAAAACAUCUUGAAAGUGCAACAGAACAGCUUGGAAAGUUUGAGGAUGAACUGACCAAAUUUAAGGACUGGAUGACUUCUGCUGAGAACACCAUUGAUGAAGUUGUGCUUGAAGACAUUGAUUCCUUGAAGUCUGUUGUGGAAAAACACAAGAGCUUCUCCAAUGACAUCAUUGCACACCAAGCUGACCUGCGCUUUAUGUCCAUGGCGGUUCAGAAAUACAUUGAAGAGGCAAAGUUUCAUAAACUGGAGUUGGAUGCCUUUAAAGCUGACAAACAAAAGCCGACGCGAUUAAGUCGUAUCAGUAUGGAUACAUUAGAGGCUGAAUCUGUGAAAGAUAAACUGAAAGAAUCGUCUGACCGUUACCAAGACCUCAAGAGCAAAUGCAAUUCACUUUGUGACAAACUAAAUGAAGUUUCGGACAAACAAGGAGAGUUCCACCUCCAGAGCAACAAACUGCUGACAUCAAUAAACACUGCUGAGGAGAAACUUGAAGAAGCAUUACAAGAACCUCUUUCAACCGAUCCAGAAGAGCUGAAGGCUCAACUUGAUCAAAUGAAGGCAAUGAGCAAUGAAACCAUUGCCUAUCAAUCGCAGAUCACCGACUUAGAGGUUUGCGGCAAACAACUGAUUUCCUGUUUAAAUCAGUUCAAUACAGAACCAGAACAAAUACAAAAAGUUGACGAAAUAAUCCGGGAGAUUUCGUUCCGUUGUGCGUCACUGAGUGAUGACAUCAACAGUCGGUACAACACCUUACAAAUGGCUCUAACUAAAUCCCAGGAUGUCAAAGAAGCUAUAGAAAGUCUCCUAAAUUGGUUGAGAGAUGUUGAAGGCUCCCUUGUGAACCAAAGACCAAUCAGUUUGUAUCGAGAUAAUCUUCUUGAACAGAUCAAUGAGAUCAAGGUGAUUGAGACGGAUAUAGACAGUCAUAAACCAAGUGUGGAUGCUGUUCAGCUAAGUGCAAAUGAAUUAAUGAAGUCGUGUGAUCUUGACAUGGCUAAAAAUGUAGAAAAGAAAAUAGGUGCUCUUAAUUCACGAUUCCUUGCACUCACUAAAAAAGUUGAGGGCCGAAGUAGCAACCUCCAAGAGAUAUUUGAAGAACUUAGUAAUUUCCACCAAGAACUCCAAGUGACAAAUGAUUGGUUAGCCAGCAGUAGCGACAUGUUGGAAUCUAAAGAACUGACUCGAUUACCGAUGCCUUUGUUUAAACAAAGGGUUGAUAUUGUAUCAACUGAAUGCAAAAGUAAAAAGCAGCCGAUAAAAGAUUUGAUAGGUUCUGGUAAAAAACUGAUUGCUGAUCCAAGGACUGGAGAAUCGUCAUCUCUGGAAGAGUGCAUUGCCACUUUGGAACGUAACUGGACAGAUUUUGACUUGUUGCUUGCUAUGAGGGAAAAGGAGGUUGGUUUACGCGAGGAGAAGGGUGAAGAAUUUGAAGUAUUAAAGACAGAGGUGUUAGACUGGCUUGGAACAUUAGAAGUGAAAACGGAUAGCUUGGAACCUACUGCUGUUGCAAUUGAAGAUGUGAAGGAACAAUUGCAAGAUUUACAGCCAAUACUAAAAGAACAUUCCAAUCAACGGAAAAAGAUCAACGAAGUGAACGAUGUAGGAAAUGCUUUAGAUUCUCUUCAGACGAUAGAAAAUACGAGCAGCCCAGUCAGAAGAAGCCGAAAAGCAGCUGGACUCCCAUCACCAAGUAUUCGAAGUCCAUCUCCGGUUAUACCAGUUUCUCCAACUACAAUUGGUAUCAGUCCCAUGUCAAGUGAAUCCAGUGGAGUAAGCAGCAGGAAAAGUUCUUCAGAUAAUUUACUCCUUGAUGAUCUCAGUGAUAUUCAACAACAACUGUUGGAUAUUAACCAACGUUAUGAAAUCCUUGGAGAACGUCUCAGUGAGCGCCAUCUGGAGUUGAACACCACCAUGGAUAACGUCGAGAGUUUCCACCAAGACAUCAAAGAUUUACUCAAUUGGAUCGCUUUGAAAGAAGACAGCCUGAAACAAGACAGAGUGCUGCCAACAAACGAAGCAGAUGCUAAAGAGUCUCUUUCAAACCACGAGGCAUUCCACAAAGAAAUUCUUGGCAAAGAACAUUUGGUUGAAGAAAUAAAAAGAAAAUCUGACAACUUAAUUAAGAGCCAUGAUUCAGUGGAUGGACUGGAAUUUAUUCAAGAACCACUGAACUUGUUAGAAAUGAAAUGGUCCACAUUGAAAACCAAAUCUGAAAAUGAACAGAAAUUACUAGAAGACAUAAUUGCUGAUCUGCGUGAAUUCCGUGAAUCUGGCCAUCAGUUAGAUACAUGGUUAGCUCAGAAGGAAAAGAUGGUUGCUGUUCUUGGGCCUUUAGCUAUCGAUCCUGUUGUUAUCCAAAACCAAAUUGGACAAGUCAAGGUCCUCCAAGAAGAACUGCAUGGACAAGAACCAGUUUAUGAACAUUUCAUUCAAGCUGGUCACUCAAUACUUGACCGAUGUGAACCGGCAUCAAAAGAUGCCCUUGACGUGAGCCAGAGAAUGGAUAUCAUUAGCAAAGCAUGGGAACGGUUGCAGACCCGUCUGAAAGACCGACAGAACAGUUUGACAUCGAUGACUGAUUUGAGUUCAAACUUCCAGGAUACAUUGGGCUCACUUACGCUUUGGUUAACUGAGUUUAAUGAUGUUCUCAAUGCCUUGACUCCAGUCGUUGCUUGUUCAGACAACCAAAACCAAAUGACUAACGAAACAAAGAUGCAUGAAGACCAACUGAAGCAAAGGAAAGGUGAUUUGGAGAAACUGAAGGAGAUCAGCCGUAAACUGGGAGACGCCACAAAAGACAUGUCAAUAAGAACAGAUCUCAAGACUAAACUCUCUGGUGUCGAAAAAUUAUUUCAAGAAGCUGAAAAGAAAUUAUUAUCUCGAAGAAACAGUCUGGAUCUUGCUAACAAAACGAGUCAAAAAUUCACAGUUGACUGCCAAGAAGAAUUAAAUUGGGAAAACGAUUUUGUGGCCAAGUUAGACCUUGUAGAACCAUUGUCUGGUAAAAUGGACAUCCUAAAACAACAACAUCAUCAGGACCAAAUCCUUCAACAGGAAAUAGUUCAGCAUGAACAAUUUGUGCGAGAUUUAGUCGACACGGGGAACAAACUGGUCAAAGAACUGCAAAGCAGCGGAAAUGAUCCAGAGAAGCUGUGCCACCAAGUGGAAGAACUGAAUACUGGAAUGUCUAAGAUCAAAGAGAAGGCCGAGGGUCGGCACCAGAGUAUUCAGGAUAGCAUGAAACAUGGCAAACGGUUCCAAGAACUCCUCAGUAGUUCUUUGUUGACCACAAAAUACAAUGAGGAAAAGUUAGAGAACAUGACCUGUGCCAAGGCUGAGGCUGACGAUGUCAUUAAGAAACUAAAGGAAGCCAGGGCUUUACAAAGCGAUGUUCUGAAAUUGUCAUAUGACCUCGAUGUUCUUAACCGUGAAGCUCAAAUUUUCAUGCAAUGUGUGGAAACUGACCAAGAUGAAGUUCAAAAAGAUGUUGAUGAGAUUAAACGAAGGUCUACAGCCUUGUCAUCCACCAUGGACAAGAAAGUUGAAAAUCUUGAAGAUGUAUCACAGCGCCUGACAGAAUUCAAUGAGGUCAUCGAUGAUGUUGAAAAUACUCUGGGAAAAAUCAACACCAAACUGGAAGAUCACUAUUCUGCUAAUAACGCCAGUAAAGACCCACAACAUAUUGAAAAGAUCCAAGCCCUAAACCAAGAGCUGUAUCCUGUACAAAACCAAAUUGACUACACAAAAGGCAUUCUGAAUGGAUUAUCUUCUGGUGACACCAAAGUCACUAAUCUUGAAAACAUUUCAUCCAAAGUGUCUAAAGCUGAAGACAAACAUUCAUCACUUCGGGAUAACGUUGAAGGUUUGCUAAAAGACAUGCAGUCUGGAUCGCAAACCAUUGACUUGAUCAAGAAUCAAAUGAAGGAUUUGGAUAAUGAGUUGUUAACAAUGGAUUCCCGACUGACUUCAUAUUUACCAGUAGCCAGAGAUAUAGCAGAACUGAAAGAGCAAUGUCAAAAGAUGAAGCUCUUCUCCGUUGAUUUGGCUGCUAAAAAAGACAGAGUAAACCAGCUGAAAGACGAGUGUGAUGACCUCGUAAAAACCGGACUUCUUUCAGACAGUGCAACAUUUACAAACCAGAUUACUGCUCUGUUGAAGUUCUACGACAACCUGGCCGAGAAAUCUAAAGCAUUUGAGACGGAAGCUGUUGACACAUUGAACAAAAUGAACGACAAUGAUGCCAAGCUACAGAAGUUACACAGUGACAUCGACAGAACAUUGGUCUUCCUUCAGUCUGAAGAACCGGUUGGCAGCAGUGUUCCUGUGAUCAAAAAGCAACAGGAACAAAUGAAGCAUUUUGUCAAGAGCAAUCUUGAGCCUCUGCAUGAAAAUCUACAGAAAGUAACCGAAGAGAGUCGCCAGCUGAUCCAGUCAGCUUCUCCUGGUUUGAACACAACUCAAUUGGACAACAAUCUUGAAACAUUGAAUGAGAAAUGGGCUCAGUUGAAAGAGAAGCUGCAGGAAAGAGAGCGAUCACUGGAUGAUGCCUUGUUACAUUCUGGGAAGUUCACCGACACUGUUGAAUCAGUGUUGGAAUGGCUCAAAGAAACUGAAGACAUGAUUAGUAAUCAAAAAGCACCAUCGACUGACUACAAGAUGCUAAAAACCCAAAUUCAAGAUCAGAAAUUUCUCAAGAAACUUUUGGAUGAUCGAGAGGAAGGCAUAAAGUCGGUCGAAGACUCUGGCAAGAAACUUAUGAAAUCUGUUGCUCCAAAAGAGCAGGAACAAAUCAAGAAACAAAUCGAAGAACUGCAAGAACGUUGGAAUAAUCUUGUGUCUACCUCAACUGAACGUAUGAAUGCUUUGGAAAAAAUGGUUGAUGUUGCUAAAGAAUUCCAAGAAUGUUAUGAAUCUUUAACUGCUUGGCUUGAUUCAUGCAAUGCCAAAAUUUCUGUUGUCAAGCCAAAUCCUCAUGAUGUGGACAGUAUGGAAAAAUAUGUUUCGAUGUUAAAGAAAUUAACAGAAGAGUUUCUUGAGCAAGAACCAAAGUUAGAAACCCUGACUGAAAAAGGCAAACAUCUACAGGAAUUUUCGAAGGAUGAAGAUGCUGAUCUGGUGCCUAACCGAGUUUCUGCUACGAUUGAUAGAUACAAUAACUACAAGAAAACAGUAAAUGAUUUGCUGAAACAACUGGAAGAGGCUGUGCCAUUGGCCAAGCAGUUCAAUGAAGCCCACUUUAAAUUUUUAGAGUGGCUUGCAAAUGUUGAACCAGAACUAAGAUCCAAAGAGCUUGCUGGUCAAGAGGUUGAAAGUCACAUUAAAAAACUGGAAGAGCAGCUAUCUGUGGCCCAGCCAUUGUUGAAUGUUAUCAGCACCCAGGGUAGUAAACUUGGUGACCUCCUACCUGAAGAAGCCUGUGCACGCCUCACAGAUAUUGCAAAUAAAGACAGCCAUCGGUUUGAGGCCCUCAGUGAACAGAUAAAUUCCAAAGCAGAAAAGAUACGUCUUUCUCGACAGAAAUCUCUCGAGGUUCUGAAUGAGAUUGAUGAAUUGUUGGGUUGGUUUGGUGACACACAGAAUGAAAUGAUUGGAGCUGAUUCAGUUAGCUGUGAAUCUGGGAAAAUUCAAAGCCAACUGGAAGACCAAAAAUUUCUGGAUGCAGAAGUUGGUAGCCAGAAGGACAGAGCCCGAGAUCUUCUAGCUGCGGCUAAAAAACUUCUGCGAGAAAACAAACUGGAUGAAGAGCCAGUGAUCAAAGAAAAGAUGGAGACCCUCAAGACACAGAUCGACACAGUAAUGAAAAUUAAUGCAGACAGGUUAAGCCAGCUUGAGCAAGCUUUACCACUCUCCAAACAUUUCCAUGAAACCCACACCCAGUUGCAAUCCUGGUUCGAAGAGCUUGAACCCUCGCUGUCAGAACUUGAUGUCAUACCUAUUAAUUCUGAACAGUUGAAGCGACAGCAGGAGAAAGCUAAGUUGAUUCGUCAAGAUGUGAUUGAUCACAAACCAUUGAUUGAGAAACUGAACAAAACUGGUUCUGCAUUGAGCAACCUCUGUGGUGAUGAAGAUGCUGAAAGAAUGCAAGAAAUGUUGGAUGAAUCUAAUAAACAUGUGGAACACAUUCGUAACCUUGUGCGCGAACGCUCCAAUUCAAUUGAAGAAGCCCUUCAACAAUCGGCUGAAUUUACUGACAAGCUCGAAGACAUGUUGGAUUGUUUAGCAACCACUGCCCAACAGGUGCAGCAUGCAGAGCCCAUCUCUGCCCAUCCUGAUAAAUUGAAGGAGCAGAUAUCAGAAAAUAUGCACUUGAUUGAAGAUAUGGAGUUGCGGUUGACUGCACUGAAUUCAGUGAAGUUUACUGCCCAAGAAUUAAUCAGUCAAGCAGGUGAUGCUGAAGAUGAAGCUGUCAAUGAUGUGAAACAGAAACUAGACGAGUUAAUCCGACUCUACGACAGCAUUAAAUGCACCACUGAAGAGAGAAGCAAGGCUCUUGAAGAGACCUUGGAUGUAUCUGAGAAGUUUUGGGAAGAUCUAAACAGUCUUAUGAAUACAUUGAAAGAUUUACAAGACAGCUUAUCAAACCAAGAAUUGCCUGGUUUGGAACCAUCCAUUAUUAGAGAACAACAAGAAGAGCUGGAGACUUUGAAAGAAGAUAUCCAAGCCUCGCAAGUUGACUUGGAAGAUGUACACCAGACUGGGGAACAGUUGGUUAAUUUGUGUGGAGAACCAGAUAAGCCAGAGGUGAAGAAAAACAUCGAUGACCUAGACACAAGCCUUGCAACAAUCAAUAACGAAUACAUGAAACGGUCAAGAACUCUGGAGACAACUCUUCAUAAAGUUGUCCACUUCCAUGAUGAACUUUUGACGUUUUUAACUUGGUUGAACACGACAGAGGAGAAAUUCCAGUGUCUGAAACCAAUUGGUAAUGAGUUUGAAGACAUUAAAUCCCAAACUAAGGAAUUAAAGGAAUUUAAAUCCAAUGUUGAUGCAAAACAAGAAGAGGUUGAGAAUCUUAACCAACAAGCUACUGAGUUGUCGAAAGACAGCACCAACGACCAAUCUAUCUAUAUCAAAGAACCAAUUGCCAAUAUGAAUCUACGUUGGGAUAUGCUUAUUGGAAAUAUUGCAGAUCGAGAGCGCCAACUACAAGCAGCUCUCUUGAAUGUGGGACAGUUUGACCAUGCACUCAAUGAAAUCCUAACAUGGCUUUUUAAAACUGGCAAAGCAGUUGACAAUGUUCAACAAUUGUUUGGUGACCCAAGAACCAUUGAGAUGGAACUAUCCAAAUUAAAUGUUCUUCAAAAUGAUAUCCAAGCCCAUCUCCCCAGUGUAGACUCUCUCAAUGAAGUUGGGAAAAAGAUGGUAGCUGCUGAAAAUGAUCUGGAAGUUUCUUCUAUCAAAGGUCGACUGGACAGUUUGAAUUCCAAUUGGGAAGAAUUGUUAGAUAAAAGCUUAAAUAAACGCCAAGAACUUGAAGGAUCUUUGAAAGAGGCCCAGGUUUUUACUGGAGAACUGCAAGACUUACAGGUGCGCCUUGGCGAAAUAGAGAACCUAUUGAUACAGUCUCAUCCAGUUGGUGGUUUACCUGACACGGCAAAGGAUCAACUCGACAAAUUUAUGAACAUUUACGCAGAACUGAAACUGCUUGAUGACAUUGUUACCAAAGUGAAAGUUGAUGGAGAACGAAUUCUAGAAAAGACUGAUGAUACAUCAACGUCAAAGAUUCGCUCCAACUUGCAAGCUGUCCAGCAACAAAAUGACCACAUCAAUGCAAGAGCCGUCGACCGCAAAAAUAAACUGGAGGAAGCGGUUGGUCAUGCCAGUACAUUCCAUGAUGAUUUACACAAAUUUAUUGGUUGGUUGACUGAUACUGAGAAAGAACUGAACAAUCUUCAACCCGUUAGCAGAAUUUUGGAGAAGAUUACUGCACAAAUUGAAGACCAUAAAAGCUUACAAAAGGAUAUUGCUCAAAAUAGAGAAGCUAUGAUACUUUUGGAUAAACGAGGAACCCAUUUGAAGUAUUUUAGUCAAAAACAGGAUGUCAUCCUUAUCAAGAAUCUCUUGUCAAGUGUACAGCAUCGGUGGGAGAAAAUUGUGUCUCGAAGUGCUGAACGCACGCGGCAUUUAGAACGAGGUUAUAAAGAAGCCAGGCAGUUCCAUAAUUUAUGGAAUGAGUUACUUGACUGGCUUAACGAAGCAGAUAAAAUCCUUGAUUCAGACACAUCGAUCAGCAAUGAUCCAGCAAAGAUUAAAGUUCAAAUUGCAAAACACAAGGAAUUUCAAAGAAAUCUGGGCAGCAAGCAACCAGUGUAUGAUACAAUAAAUCGUACCGCUCGUAACUUAAAAGAUCGUUCACCAGUUAGCGAUCAUCCUGCCAUUCAACAAAAACUGAGUGAAUUGAAGGGCAGAUGGAAUACAGUUUGUGGGAAGUCUGUAGCCCGACAAAGAAAUCUAGAAGAGGCUCUACUGUUCUCUGGUCAAUUCAAUGAUGCACUGCAAGCUCUGUUGGACUGGUUAUCAAAAUCUGAACCCAGUUUGUCUGAAGAUCAACCUGUCCAUGGUGAUAUUGAAACUGUUAACAACCUUACAGAAAUACACAAGGCUUUCCAACAAGAAUUGGGUGCCAGAUCUAAGACUGUUUCUUUUGUACGCAAUGCUGCCGAAGAACUGAUAGGAAAAUCCGAAGAAGACACAAGUGAACAGCAAGCACAGUUGAUAGAGCUAACAACUCUAUGGGACCGUAUAUGUACAUUGAGUGUUAACAAACAAGGACGUCUAGAACAAGCUCACAGAAUGGCUGAAGACUUCCAUAAAAAGGCCCAGAGUUUAUUGGAUUGGUUAGCUGAAGCAGAAAGGCAGCUUCGCUAUCAAGGAUCUUUCCCUGAUGAUGAACAGGCUUUGCUGAAGCUGAGGGAUGACCACAAGAAAUUCGAAGAAAAUCUCCUGUCUAAAGAAGCCGAUUUAAGAGAAGCCUUGACCAUUGGUCAAGAAAUAAUUGCCCGUUGCCAUCCUGAUUCCCUGUCCUCACUGAAAAAUUGGCUUUCAGUAUUACGGGCUCGGUGGGAAGAGUUAACCUCCUGGUCCCGGCAACGAGGCUUACGUUUGGCAGAUGGUCUGAAGGUUAUGCGCCAGAACGCAGCCAUUCUUGAAAAUCUGCUUCAAUGGCUGGCUGAUGCUGAAGGUACAUUGUUGAACCAAAACCAAAUGGCUAUACCCGAAAAUCUGGAAGUUAUCAAUCAACUUAUAAAAGAUCAUCAGGACUUACAAGGUGAUAUCUCAUCAAAACAACCAGAAAUUGAUAAAUUAACGAAGACUGAGAAGAGGCGGUUGUCAACGACAGCAGAAUCUUCUCAAAUCCCCAUAUUUAGGAAAACUAGAAAGUCUUUUAGCAAUAUAAGUCGAGACACUGGCCGCCGUACACCAGAUCCUCAAUUCAAAAACCCACGAGUUGGGGCUCUGUUUACCAAAUGGCAGCAAGUGUGGCUUUUGGCUAUGGACCGACAAAGAAAACUACAAGAUGCCCAAGAAUAUAUGAAUGAAGUCGAGAGAAUGAAGAACUUUGACUUUGAUGAUUGGCGGAAACGCUACCUACGUUGGAUGCAUCAUAAUAAGUCGAGAAUUAUGGACUUCUUCAGGCGUCAAGACAAAGACCAUGACGGAAAAGUCACUCGUAAAGAAUUUAUUGAUGGAAUCAUAUCUUCAAAAUUCCCCACAACAAAACUAGAAAUGGAGGCUGUGGCCAAUAUAUUUGAUAAAGAUGAAGAUGGCUACAUAAACUACAAAGAAUUUGUUGCAGCUCUGAGACCCGAUAGGGAUACUGGUAAACCUGCAACAGACUCGGAGAGGAUUCAAGAUGAAGUAAGCAAACAAGUCGGACGAUGUACCUGCGUUACUCAGUUCAGAAUCCACAAAAUUGGUGAAGGAAAAUAUCGGUUUGGUGAUUCACAAAAAUUACGUCUUGUUCGGAUUCUACGGAGCACAGUAAUGGUACGCGUCGGCGGAGGCUGGGUUGCGUUAGAUGAAUUCCUCGUUAAAAACGAUCCCUGCCGAGAAUACUGUUUGGCAGUAAGCUGCUACAACACAGCCAAGAUAAGUUUGAAGAACCAGACUCUGAAGAACAUUUUUUGCAGUAUCUUUACAUUAUCCCCAGAAGAUACAAAAAGACCGUUGAGAAAACUCUCAUUUCCUAAUACAAAAGGAAGGACUAAUUUGGAGCUUCGGGAGCAGUUCAUUUUGGCUCAAGGCGCUGGUCAGUCUGUGACUGGAUUCCUCACCAAGACCCCUCCUGGUAGCCUAUACUCUGGUAGUUCUACAUACUCGGGUACUGCUUCUUUGAGUGGCCGCUCUGCAAGUUCUGCUAGUGGUCACAUUGGAAAGUGUCGAGCCCAUCACCCUAACAACUAUCGACAACGUAUUCGGUCAAAUCCUGACAUUGAGGUUAGACAAAUUAUGGCCCGAUCUGAUGUGGGCAGUCGUUACUCUAGAUAUUCCAAAGGAGCUGGUACCCCUCGUAGCAUGCGUAGUCCUGGUGGAGUGGCAAGUCCAGUGAGUACCACAAGUCGUUGUUCAAGUACAGGCAGUCGGCCACCAAGCCGCACUGGAAGUGAUAUCUCAGAAACAAGCGAACCUGAAGUUUACACGACGGUGCAGACUGAAACUCGGAACUUGGGUGGUCGUAAGCAAACCACAAUGACUUACCAAACACACGUGGUUCCAAGCAGAAGCGGAUCACAUGUGGCUCACUCAAGCUCAUCAUCGGUGACGUCGCUGAGACAUGGUUCGAAGAUUCCGAAACUGAAAAAGAAAUGAACUGCUUCCAAUCAUUCUGUUUCCACUCCAACUGCCAUCAGUCAGGAUUCUGUUGUGGUUUCUGCCAGUAACCUAUUUAUCUAAUAGCAAAGCUUUUUGCACAGCAAUACCAUUCCUUGCAGAAGCUUUCUUGAUAACUAUCGGACUCCCCUUCCCUUAUCUAUUUAUCUCUCUCUCUCCCUCUCACUCAUGCCAUGACCACUAUGGAGUCAACACAAGAUCACAGCCAUAACCCUUACAACCUUAUUUGGCUGCUUAACAUCACCUAAUCUAAUAAUCCCAGCUGUGGCUCUGAUUUUAGUUGUUGUAGCCAUCUUGAUUGCUAUACAGCAUUGGCUAGAGCGCCAGACAUGUCUCUCCCCUAUUUCUGAGAGGUAACUGUCUUCUCUGCUGGCACAAUUGAAACUACAAAGUGUUUCAAAAUUCUUGCCCAACAUCAAAGUUGGAAGAAUUUGGUUUUUUUUAUAUAUUGUGAAUUUUUUUUAAAACUUCAAUCCUGACCUCUGCUUUGUCCAAUGAGUGACAAAUAUAAUAACUGGACCGUCCCUGUCUAAUUUCUUAGACAGAUAGACAAGGCUGCUGUCCUUGUUUGGCCCAAAAAAAAAAACAAAAAAUGAAAAUAUUAUGAAAACAACAAACAAAACAAAGCCGUGUGCCUACACGUACGAUGAAUCUACGUUUGUAGCAAUGUGUAACAAAUUUUAGUGCUUUUUCUAUUUCUCCACAUGAUGUAUAACUGUGAUAAAAUUAGAGGGAGUCGGCGAGCACCAAUCUAACCGUCACUGUAGGAGAAAUUGUUGCCAGUGAUUAUUACAACAGACAGAAAAUUGCUCGUCUGCAACCAUUUUAAUAAUCUUUAAUUUUUUUUUUUUUUUUUUUCCUUUCUUUCUUCUAAAUCAAUCCACAAUAUUUUCAUCUCUGAAACAAACAAACAGGACAAUAAGAAUUUUUUCUUUUUUUCAUUUUUGUUACAUAUAUAUAAUUUUUUUUUUCUUUAAUCAAAUUCUUAUUUAAUACAUUGUUUGAAAAAGUUUAAAAAUUGUUAUUUUCCAUGGGUAACAAAGGGGAAGAUGGGUUGGGGAGGGCAACAAUAUUAUUUUGAUUUGAAAUUUUUGUUUUCAUUCUUAUUUAUGUAUUUAUUUUAUUUAUUCAUUGUUUUUUUUUGGCGCUACCAUUUCGUUUUUGUAUAUUUUUUUUUCUUCCAUAAUCUGUUUUGAAGAAUGUACGUAUUGCGAUGAUGUUCCUUUCUGCUGUUUGAGCAAGUGUAGCAAUAUCAGCAUUGCUAACCACUUCUGCUGGUGGUGUUGCUGUAUUCCUGGCUGUUUCUUCAAUAACAUGAUAGCGAUGCCAUCCAAUGUAUUUUCAAAUUCCUUUUUUUUUGUUAGGUUUUUUUUUCUUAUAUAUAUAUAUAUAUAUUUUGUUGUUUUUGUUUGUGGUUUGUUUUUGUAUUCUUAACGGCUGUUCUUUGUAAAAUUGGUCACCCAUUGCAUUCCACCUCUCGAAUUGCUUGAACAUCUUUCUCCACAAAGCAGCAACACUUGAAAAAAAGAAGAGAAAAAAGACACACGGACACACAUUCACACACACACACACAAUGAACGUGCCAUUUUUGCUGUUUUAUUUCUUUGUUCCAGAGAUGAAUACUAUUUUUGUAUGAAACUCUAAAAAAAUCUAAAUAAAUAAAUCAUCAUAUCUUUGAUUAAAUCUCAAUCUAUGAUGAUAGAAAUGACUAGAAACCAUCACCCAGAUUCAGGAAUAUUUCUAUCGUUUAGCUCUACUCUAGUUGUUUGCUAAUAAUAAUAUUGUAAAUUUAAAGACAAAACAACAAUACUUGUAGAAAAUAGCCAAUGGAAAUGUGUAUGUGUGUAUAUAUAUAUAAAACACUCACUCUGAAUUGGCAAUAUUUUUGCAGAGUAAAAUCUAAGCUUUGCACCAGAUCCUGGUAAAAUAAAGACGCUGGAGCACUUUAAAGCAUUUGUUGAUAAUUUGUAAAAUAUUUUGGUUUUUAUAUAUUAAACUUUUUAAGGGGGAAAAAAAAAGAACAAAAACAACAAUCUCAUUCCAUUUCUAAUUCUGGAAUUAUUCCUUCUUUCAAAGGUAAAAAAAAAAUCUUUUUUUUUUUUGCUCUAUCUGCCGCUCUUGUAGCAAACAAUAAGGUUACGUCUGUAGCAGGAGAGGAAUUGUCUUCUCUGGCUGCAGUGAACGAGUGCAUAAUAACGAUUAUAAUAAUUAAGGAUGUCGAGGAUGAUUGGUGAUGUUGGAGAUGUAACGUUUUUGUCUCGGGAAAUUACAAUAGUGUAUCGAGAGGCCUUUCAAUGUGUACGCUGAACCUCUUUUGUCAAAUAAAACUGAUUGCAUAUAUAAUAAU